AUGGCACGGGAGUCUAGCAAUCGGCAGACUGCGACAGCGGCGAACCAGCAAGGUUCUAGAAUAACGCACCCGUCAGCUAGCUCAGGUCGUAUGGCAGCCCUGCUCACGAAUGCCGGCCAAGAGAGGAAGCUUCUUUCGGCCGAGACGCCAGCAUAUGCGUUUCCUGUAACGCCAACAUGGCCAGAGACAGCAGGCCAGAGCGGACUUGCAAGAAACAGCCUGUUUCAGAACGUGGCUUCAGCAACAGAACCACCGGUUUCAGCUCCAACUCCACCACCGGCAACAAUUUCUCCGUUCACAGGUGGCGGAUCGGGCAGUUAUUUGCUAUCUCUGCGUAAUUCCAUCACUCCUGUUCCUACUCGGGAGACUGGCAGGCUGAGGAUGGGAACCGGGGGCUUGGGAGAGGGAAGGAAGAAGCGGGGAUCGGCCGCAAGAGGGGCAGGGAUGCUAGCAGGCCCUGAAGCGUCCAUUGCUGCGGCUAUGGCUGAGAAGUUCGCUGCUGCAAUGGGCUCUGCGGUGAGAAACGCAUGCUUUCAGUUUGAGGAGCUUACCCGAGAGCUGCUGGAGAAUUCAUGCUCUCAGUUUGAGGAGCUCUCUGCACGUUUAGCUGAGAAUGCAGCAGCUCAGUUUGAGGAUGUUGCUAGAGAAAUGGCAGUGAACUUCGUGGCUAACCAAGACGUGAAGAGGCGUAGGAGGUAG